GUGCAGCUUGCUCUGGGACUCUGUGGCCAGCCGUCUAUCACUCUUACCGGGGAUCAUUUGUCCGACAUUACUGCGGAAUAGGAAUGACCGGAUUACAUUUUUGCACACUUAUACUGCAUGAAUGUGUCGCGUAAUGCGACUGAGGAGAGCUGCCUUUGGGGGGAAAUAUUUAUGUUUCGGGACGGUUUUGUUGGAGUAGCUAGUUGCUAGCACUGGGCUAGCGACUGUGCUGUCUACUUCCUAACGUAUUUGUUAAGGAUGCUUCGGUGGAUACGACAACAGCUGGGCUUUGACCCCCCCAAUCAGAGUGACACCAGAACGGUUUAUGUAGCAAACCGCUUCCCCGAGCAUGGCCACUACAUACCGCAACGCUUUGCUGACAACAGAAUCAUCUCCUCCAAGUACACUGUUUGGAAUUUCAUCCCUAAGAAUCUGUUCGAGCAGUUCAGAAGGAUAGCCAACUUCUAUUUUCUCAUUAUAUUCCUCGUACAGUUAAUGAUAGACACCCCAACUUCCCCUGUCACCAGUGGCCUGCCUCUCUUCUUCGUGAUCACAGUAACUGCCAUUAAACAGGGCUACGAGGAUUGGCUGAGGCACAAGGCAGACAACGAGGUGAACGGGGCUCCAGUGUUCGUGGUUCGCAGUGGAUGUCUCGUCCAGACAAGAUCCAAGAACAUCAGAGUUGGGGACAUUGUCCGAGUUGCUAAAGAUGAGACGUUCCCAGCCGACCUGGCGUUGCUGUCGUCAGAUCGUGAAGACGGCACCUGUCACAUAACCACAGCCAGCCUCGAUGGAGAAACCAACCUUAAGACUCACUUCUCUGUGGCGGAGACAUCAGUGUGUCAGUCGGUGACCCAACUGGAGGCUCUGCAGGCUGUGGUGGAGUGUCAACAACCGGAAGCUGACCUGUACAGGUUUGUCGGUCGGAUUACGAUCACUCAGCAAGAUGAGGAGAUAGUCAGACCGCUGGGUCCUGAGAAUUUGCUGCUGCGGGGAGCCAGAUUGAAAAAUACCAAAGAGAUUUUUGCUGUGGCGGUUUACACAGGGAUGGAGUCCAAAAUGGCGCUCAACUAUAAGUGCAAGUCUCAGAAGCGCUCUGCAGUGGAGAAGUCCAUGAAUACCUUCCUCAUCAUCUACCUUGGCAUCCUGCUGUUCGAGGCUAUCCUCAGCACCAUCCUGAAGUACGCCUGGCAGGCUGAGGACAAAUGGGACGAACCUUUCUACAACAAGAAGACUGAACAAGAGAGAAACAGCAGUCCGAUCUUGAAGUUUAUCUCAGACUUCUUGGCAUUUCUGGUCCUCUAUAACUUCAUCAUCCCCAUCUCGCUCUACGUUACUGUGGAGAUGCAGAAGUUUCUUGGCUCCUUUUUCAUUGGCUGGGAUUUGGACCUCUACCAUGAGGAGACUGACCAGAAAGCUCAGGUCAACACAUCAGACCUCAACGAGGAGCUGGGACAGGUGGAGUAUGUGUUUACAGAUAAGACGGGUACGCUUACGGAAAAUGAGAUGCAGUUCCGUGAGUGUUCAAUCAAUGGCACCAAGUACCGGGAAGUUAACGGCAAAUUGGUGCCGGAGGGAAUGACUGACGAUUCACCAGACGGUUCUACACCUCAGUUGAUUGGUGAGGAAUUAUUAUUUCUCAAGGCCGUGUCCUUGUGUCACACGGUUCAGAUCAGCUACGAUCAGCCAGAUGGGGGCGGAGACCCAUUCUCCCAUUCAAACGGUUUCUCUUCCAAUCACAUGGAGUACUACGCCUCUUCACCCGACGAGAAAGCUUUAGUAGAGGCAACAAAAAGGUUGGGAGUGGCAUUCACUCGCUGCAGUGGAGAGAUCAAGGAGAUCAAAACAUUUGGCAAGUCAGAAAAGUACAAACUGCUCCAUGUGUUAGAGUUUGACGCUAACCGCAGGAGGAUGAGCGUCAUACUGCAGACUCCCUCAGGAGGCAAAGUGCUGUUCACCAAGGGCGCAGAGUCGGCCAUCUUGCCUUUCACCACCACUGGCGAGAUAGAAAAGACGAGACUACACGUCGAUGAGUUUGCUUUGAAAGGUCUGCGGACCUUGGUUGUAGCAUGUCGUCACUUCAGCCCGGAGGAGUACAUUGAUGUGGACAGGCAUCUGAACGCAGCCCGCACCGCGCUGCAGCAGAGGGAGGAGCGGCUGCAGGAGGCCUUCAGCUUCAUCGAGAGAGACCUGCAGCUCCUUGGAGCAACGGGGGUUGAGGACAAACUCCAAGACAAAGUCCAGGAGACCAUUGAGGCUCUGCGUCUGGCAGGGAUCAAAGUAUGGGUGCUGACAGGUGACAAACAUGAGACGGCGGUCAGCGUCAGUCUGUCCUGCGGACACUUCCACAGAACCAUGAACAUCCUGGAACUCCUGCAGCAGCGCUCUGAUAACGAGUGUGCUGAGCAGCUCCGCAGACUGGACAGGAGGAUAAAGGAAGACCAUGUCAUACAGCACGGGUUAGUCGUGGACGGGGCCAGCCUGUCUUUAGCACUGAGGGAACACGAAAAGCUCUUUAUGGAAGUGUGUAGAAACUGUUCAGCUGUGCUGUGCUGCCGCAUGGCCCCGCUGCAGAAAGCAAAGGUGGUGCGUCUAUUUAAAACCUCCCCAGAGAAACCAAUCACCUUAGCUAUCGGGGACGGAGCCAAUGAUGUCAGUAUGAUACAGGAAGCUCAUGUGGGCAUAGGUAUCAUGGGGAAGGAGGGUCGUCAGGCCGUGAGAAACAGUGACUAUGCAAUCGCCAGGUUUAAGUUCCUGGCUAAACUUCUGCUGGUCCACGGUCACUUCUACUACAUUCGAAUAGCUACGCUUGUACAGUACUUUUUCUACAAGAACGUGUGUUUUAUCACUCCCCAGUUUUUAUACCAGUUCUUCUGUCUGUUUUCACAACAAACUCUGUAUGACAGUGUUUAUCUGACACUGUACAACAUCUGCUUCACCUCGCUUCCCAUCCUGGUGUACAGCCUGUUUGAACAGCUGGUCCAUCCACACGUACUGCAGAAUAAACCUGGCCUGUACAGGGACAUCAGCAAGAACUCCCUGCUGUCUUUCCGGACGUUCCUGUACUGGACUCUGUUGGGCUUCUGUCAUGCCUUCAUCUUCUUUUUCGGAUCUUACAUACUGAUGGGAGAGGACACCACGCUUAUGGGCAAUGGACAGAUGUUUGGAAACUGGACAUUUGGAACGUUGGUCUUUACGGUCAUGGUCAUCACCGUCACAUUAAAGCUUGCUUUAGAGACACAUUUCUGGACGUGGAUGAACCAUUUUGUGACGUGGGGUUCGAUUGCCUUCUACUUCAUCUUCUCCCUCUUUUAUGGAGGCAUCAUCUGGCCCUUCCUCCACACGCAGGACAUGUACUUUGUAUUCGUGCAGCUUCUGUCCAGCGGCUCGGCCUGGUUCGCCAUCAUCAUCAUCGUCAUAACUUGCCUCUUCCCUGAUGUGGUGAAGAAGGUCUUCUACAGACAUCUGCAGCCCACCAGCACACAGAAGAGUCAGUCUCUAUCAGCCCCCCAGGCCCUCAGCUGUGUGGAGUCCCUGUGCUGCUACCAACAUGGGCAGAGCGGCUGUUCCCGCCUGGCCUCCCUCCUGGAGCAAAUGACCGCACAGUGCCAGGAAAGCGCAAACAAUUGCCGCGCAUCCAGCCGCAGCAACAGGUCUUGGAGCGACACGGAGAACUUCUGCUCCAAUGAUCGCAGCAUCCUGACGCUUUCGCCCAUCGAGGUCACCCACUGCUGAGUCCCGGGUGUCGGUGGACUGUAGCAUGCAGAGCUUGGGCUGGGGGGGGCGAACCCCUUACCCUGCAAUCAUUUCAUGAAGCUUCUUCAGUUUAAGCUCAGCUGGAUGUAUCGUGGACGCAACCAAAGGGCUCAGUCCAGCAGGCUGCUUCAGCGUGAAUUAGUUUAUAAUACCUAAAUCAAAGAAAGGUGGAGAUGGACGUCAGAUGGAAGCUUGUCCUGUUGGAAGAUUAUUCAGUACUUGAGCUGCAACCAUUAUCAGAUCCCUGCUGCUGUUAGAGUCCUGUAGCAUUAUCUGAAAACACCUUAAAGGAAAGUCAUCUCCACUUUCAAUCUCAGACCAUGUGGCUAUGUAUUCAUCAUUCUCAGCAGUCUUACGUACUUGUAGAUUCAAAAGCUUUCUGGAGAUCUGGACUUUAGCUAGCUAACAUCAGGCAAUAGCUAAGGACUUAAUCCUGGUUUGGACAUGCUAAAUAAACCCAACACAAGACUGAGGAGGCUUAUAGAAACCACUAUCGUCCAUGUAGCACCAGGAACUCUGCAUAGUCAGACUGGGGAUGUGGGCUAGCAGCUCCUGUUGCUCUCAUAAACUGUCACAUCUACUUCCUGUUUGAGCUGCUGGUCCGCUGCACCUUCAAUUCUCCCUCAGAUGGAAAGGGAAAAAAGCUUCCCACAUGUCGUGUAGCUUUCAUAUCCUCGCUGGUUCUGUUAUUAUCCGGACAGAUCUCUUAAUAAUACUGUACGAGGAGAUUAAUCUCCACCGUGGAACCAAAGACCAAAGGACUCAGAAAGAAGAGUGUUUAUUUUUGUGCCUGAUUGUACAGAAGUGUACAUUGUUGUUAUGAAGACUGUUGUUAUUGUGCUGCUUCCCCCCCCCCCCCCCCGCUCGCUGCAUCGUAGCAGGCCAGCUAGGGUCUGUUUAAAAAGCCAUACAUUUCCAAGAGGGUAUAUUAUAGGUCGAUUAUAAAAGGUACUGCAGAUAGAAGCGCUUUGAGCCUGUUUGUGUUUCCAGAUGUUCCCCUUGAAUGCCCUUUUUCUCACUCAGUGCGGUUAGCAAAGGCAUCUCAGUGUUAAAGACUGUGAUGCUCAGGGAAUAUUUGGAGGAUCAAUGCUGAACUCGAUGGGGUUUUAUAGAAUCAUCCAUGUUGAGUUGCCUUGAAAUUUCACCUGAGUAUCUGAUCAGAGUAUUUUUAUUUCAGCGAGACAGAAACGGCUUUAAUGGAGAGAUGCUUUUCCAGACCGCCGCUCGACCCAGACAGAAGAAUGUCUCUACGUUUUAGAGGAAUAGAUAUAUCUGAAUAUGUUUCAGCAUCUACAGAGAUGAAAAGAAAAGCAGAGUGUUUGCACAAGUCACAUAUCAGAAAUAACGUCUAGUUUCUCAAACCAUCGCUCAUCUCUCACCAUUGAAAUCAUGUUUUUGCUGUUACGUUGAUGAAGUGUGAAUGUGUGUGUUGGUGUGUUUCGAUGCCGGGUAAAGUAAGGACGGUAAGUAGCCUUGUUGUAAGCUCUUUAUUGGAUCCAGGCUCAUGUAGCCAGCAGGUCAAAGGUUUCUCUUUGAUGAAUGAUUUGAGCUUUUCUUCAAAAAAAAAAGGUGACUCCAGAAGUGAAAUAUAGAAAUGUUUCAAGACAACCGUUUUAAACUUGACUUCAACCACGACCAGUACACACCUCAGAGUCAUAGGAUGUUUCUGUUGCUACGGUUACUGUUAAAAAAAGUAAAUAUUAUUUCUGUCAGUCACUCAUUGAAUAUCUUUGAAGUUUAUUUCCAUACGGUACACUUCGUUUGAUACGUACCUGGGCCUGUUAUAUCCUUUCUGUUCCACAGGUGCACCCGACAAUGAAAGUGUCUAUUUAUUAUUAUUGUACUCUUUUAUUUUACUUCCUCCUGUGUUUUUGUUCUCAUAUCAAUAUGAAAUGUGUGUUCUGUGCAUGACCUGAAUGCAGCAACUUUCCCACAAUGUCUCACAUGAUCUUAGACAUGUAAACAGAAGCUAUUUAUUGUUUGAUCUGAAAGGUCAUUCUGAAAUAAACAGGAAGUUGUGUUAACGAUAUGAAAGAGCAAAACAAUACUUGGAAACCUUCAGUUACAUCCCUCAGAAAUCUGCUUUAUUUCCUUCGUAAACCUUUCAGUUCAUAUCUGCUAUUAAAAUAUCUAACUGGAUAAAACCAUGACACCUGUAAUCUGUGCCUGGAUUCAGACAAAUACAUGUUUAUGCUGCAAUUUUACACAUAAAUGUUAGUUUGUAGGACCACUAUUAUAUGGUUCCUAAGAAAUAACACAAAUUAGUUUGUGAAACUUCAAAUAGGCUACACUUGCAUUUUGGGUAUUGUUUGAACUAUAUGUUUUAUUUAGAUAAACUAAUAUAAGGGAUUCAAUUCAGGAUUUAUCUUGGCUCCUGUUCCUUUAACCUCCAUCAUUACGUUUGUAUGCGAGUAAAAUACUAAACACAGAAACCCUCCUCUUCAAAAAGAAAGCGGAAACGAGGUCUAAUUUGAUGCAGCAGAGACGUUGAUAACCUGAUUCCAACAGAAAACCAAAAUAGUGAGGGAAGACGAGUUCUGAUGCCCCCUGGUGCUGUCCUGCUGACGGAAGUUAUUCCAAAUAUGAUAAUUAAAUCUAUAGCGCUAUACCAAAUAACCAACAAUAAGUUAUUAGAAUAAUAUGCUUCCUAAAAGAAGAGUAUAAAGUAAAGAACACCAGUACCUUGAAGUUACAAAUAAAGAAUGGAGAGGUUUUUUAAUAAAACCAAGCAAUAAAACCCCAUAUUGUGAAAAGACCCAGUUUGAAGAUGCAUAUAAUAAUCAAAUGAGUUGAGUCUUAAAAUACAUAUAUAUAUAUAUAUAUAUCCAGGUACAGAUUAUUGUUGUUGCAUAUCAUAUGGAAAUUGGCACUAGGUAUAAAUCUAUGCUUCUGUUAAUGCAGGAAAAGGAUGGUUUAUUUUUGAAGGAUUGAUUGUGACAUUAGUAACGAGCACAACCUGGUUCUCCAAAGCGUCAAAGCACUGAUGUCAUCGAGGCUUCUUAACGAGAGAGACGCCAUGUUUGGACAUGAGGCCUCUAGGGUUUUUCUGAGAGCAGGGGAUUAAUCGGCCACAUAAUUAAAAAGUUGUCAUUUAAUAUUUUAUCGAGCCUUCAUUACAUCAUGUCAUCCAUCAGAAGCACUUUGUAGCUUUUAUUAGAUAUCUUAUCAAGAGCUGUUCAUCUUCUCUAAAACAAAAUUCUCCUGCUUCUGAAAACAUUGGCUUUAUAUGGUUAUAUUGUUAACAUAACCCUACUAAGGCUCUAAAUACAAGUACGGUAAUGUCAGUGUCAGUCCGGAGAGGCUAUGAAAACUCAGAUUGUGCACUUUUAAUGGUUUACUGGUUUCCACGAUUGAAUCAGCUGAAAAGAGGAAUCUACAUAAAAAUGUCAAUGGAUCCGUUUUGUGACUCAGGCAGCACGGAUCAUUGUUACUCUCUCCUCUCAUCAGCCAUGCUGCACGGGACGGUUUCAUGAAGCCCCAUCCUCUUCUGUUUAUAUCUGUCGCUGUGUGUCCUUCCUCCUUCUGUCUGUAAAUCUGUCUUAUAGCUGAUGUUUAUGAAGAUGCGGUUCUAUUUACGAAAUAAAUACAUUUUUAAGAAACA